AUGGGAGAGAUGAAGAAGCUGAAUCAGACACUGAUGAAGGAAAAUGCAAAGAAAGCUUGGAUUGGUCUACAGAGAGCGGGACCUGGGAGAUGGCUGUGGUCUCUGGAAGACCAAACUUUCUACAGAGACCGAGUCAAUUACACACAGUGGCAUCCUAAUGAACCAAAUAAUGCUGGGGAAAAUGAUGAAUAUGUAUAUAUUAAUGUUACAAAGAGCUGGUACGAUGCUCAGACCUACUGCAGAGAGAAUUACACCGACCUGGUCAGUGUGAGGAACCAAACUGAGAAUGACGAGAUCUGGAGUGUGGUUAAAGUUUCAGUCAGUACAGAUAAUUGGAUCGGUCUGUUUAAUGACUCCUGGAAUUGGUCAGAUCAGAGUAAGUCCUUAUUCAGAUACUGGAGAUCUGACAAACCCAGUGGAAGUUUGAUCUGUGCUGCAGUGUCUGAGUCUGAGCAUCGUUACUGGACUGAUGUGAACUGCACAGAAAAACUCCCGUUCAUCUGCCAUGAGAAUAAACUGAUCCUGAUUAAGAAGAAUCUGACCUGGAAAGAAGCUCUGAUAUACUGCAGGAACCAUCAUCAUGACCUGGUCUCAGUUCGCUCUGAGGAGAUGCAGCUCUGGGUGAAGGAAGUGACUCAAAACGCCUCCACUGAACACAUGUGGCUCGGCCUGCGUCACACCUGCGCUCUGGGCUUCUGGUACUGGGUGAAUGGAGAGAUGAUCUGCUACCAGAACUGGGCUCCAGGUAAUGGGACAGGGUCUGAAGACUGCAGUGAUGAGGAGAGAACAGGAGCAGUGCAGUCUGGAGGAGAGCAGAAGUGGAUCAGCCUGCCUCAGAGCCAGAAACUCAACUUUAUCUGCUCCACCUAUGAAGGUUUGUCAGUGUAGUGUUUCUGUAUGUAUUAUCAUAAACAUCUAAUAUUGUGAUACUUACAAACAGGCUGAGACAUAUUGUGGUCCAUCAUCUGUAUGAACCAUCAGUAGAUCUAUAUCAGCAUCUCAGUUUUAUUUCUUAUAAACAUUUUCACUCCUGUCUAUCAAGAUGUUUAAUUCCAUAUCUAAGCCAUUCAAAUUAUACUCACAAUGUUAUAUUAAUUACUUCAUUAAGGUAAACAAGAUUGUUUAAUGCGUAAAUUUACAUUUUACAUACAUCUUUCAUGUUUGCUGUACUCAUUAUAAUGUUUUGUUCUUUGUAACUGGAUAAUCAGCUUUAUAAUAUUUAGUUUAUAUGAAAAGCACAAAUAUCAUAAUUACAGGAUGUUUGUUACAUGUGAAUUACAUUGAUGUUAAACAUAUUGAUUAAAGGUGCAGUUUCUAUUGCUUAAAGGUGGGGUCUACAUUGUUUGACAAAUGCUUCAGAAAACUGAGUCGGGCCGACAAACAAAACAAAUACGGAACUAAUGUGUAGCCAAUGAGCAGAAAG